AUGGAAGCUGGGUCGCUGGUGCGCGCAGUGUUCGAGUUCCUCCCCAGCGUCUCCGAGGAGCUGCCCCUCUUCACUGGCGAUGUUAUAGAGGUGCUCAGCGUGGUGGAUGAGUUCUGGUUGCUGGGCAACAAAGAUGGCGUCACCGGUCAGUUUCCCAGCACCUUUGUGGAAGAGGUUACCAUUCCUAGCACCAAGCCUGGAGACCGACUGUAUGUGUGCAUCAAUGAUUUCUGCUCUACGGAACCAGGAACUCUUUCCUUAAUGAGAGGCGAUGUGGUAGUUGGUGAGUCGGGGGACGCAAUGGAGCUCGGGGAAGCCUGGCUUCGUGGCAGUAAUGCCUGGGGAACCCGCGGUGUCUUCCCCGCAUCCUGUGUGAAGGAGCUGAACCUUUCAUGCCGCUCCAGGCAAUUAUCCGAACGUUCAGCCCAGGCGAUGGCUUCCGAUCUCCCACCCUACGCCCUCGGCUGCGCCAGAGCUCUCAUGAGUCUUCAUGCGCAACUCAACGAGGAACUGGACUUCCUCGAGGGGGACUUAAUUAUCAUCACCGGUCUACCCGAACCGGGCUGGUUUGAGGGGGAGCUGAAUGGCCGCAGGGGCAUCUUCCCAGAGGGAUUUGUGGAGCUGCUGAAUCAUCUUCGAUCACCGCAGGAGGUUGCGGACCCCCCGUUUUUAAGCGACGACCUUGAUGAUAAAGCAAAUGGCACAGAAGAAGAUGCCUUGGAAGAUGUGGAGAUAGAGGAGGAGAAAGAGUUGGUCAAAGAAGAUGAUGAAGUGGUAGAGGGUGCUGUCUAUGGAGUGGCACUGUAUGAAUUUCGCGCCAUGGAGCCUGGCGAGUUGGACUUUGAUGUGGGCGACCGCAUUCGUGUCGUAAACACUGUGGAAGAUGGCUGGCUAGAAGGGGAACUGAGAGGGCAGCGUGGUAUCUUUCCCCAUCGGUUCGUCAAAAUUGAAGAUUCACGUCCAAAAAUGGAAGCGGAAACAAAUCACGUACCAGAAAAGGAGGAGAAUACGGAUCUUUCAUGCCGCAAUGGUAAAAAGCUUGAACUGGCGUCUUAUGAAGACCAUACAAUUUGGGACUUGGACUACUUUGAGAGGAGUGAAGAGCAGAUACCAAGUGACAGCAAGACUCAAAAUGAAAGCAGAAGACAGAGCAAUUCAGAUGCUAGGAUAGGCUCUCAAACGUCGACAGACCAAAAACCACAGAGACCCAAAUCUAUGCCACCCACAAGGCGAAGAACCCCACCUCCCCGGCCUAGCCUGCCUGCACAUAGCCAAAGGAACCGCAUCAACACAAAACCGACCAAUUAUACUAAUGGCAACAUCCGACCUUCUCAAUCUAAAUUAUCCCAUAGUCUGACUCUUCCAAGCACCCACUCUGGUUGGUCAAAAAACCUCCACAACAAUCAUAGACUAGCAGCAAAUGGUGUCCCCACAUCUAACCGAAGUGCAACACUUGGACAAGGAUGGACAAACCUUGUUGAGAACCAUAAACAGCAGAAUGUGAGUGUCACAGACGUCGGGAGCCAAUCCAGUCGUUCCCAGCAGAAGAUGCGUUCAGGCUCCAAUGGCUUCAAGCCAAAAUCCUUCACCUUGGACUCCCUGCUGACGUCAGCCGGCGACUUGGAGGCCAAAUUGUCCCAACAGCUUUUUGAAUUCGAGAAAAGCCUGACGUCAUCAUGUAGCGACAUCAUCGGCGCAUCCGUUGAACCCAACCAACAAGUUCCCAUCUCCAGACACUUCUCCAUUUUGAGCUACAGCGACGAGAGCGAUAUCAUCCGCGGGUCCAACUCUGCUUCUUCUUCAUUAGAGAGACGCAGGACCCUUCGCCCUCCACCUCCUCGUCCACAAGUGGCUCAUCCCCAAGCCGUACCUGUGAGCAAACCAACCCGCCCUGCUCCUCGUCCACCUCCGCCCAUCCCGAGACUUGCCACCAACCCUCUCCAUAGCAACACACCUAUCUUCUUUGCCCCCGAUGAACCACCAGUAAACCUUCUUGACCAAAUCACUGAAGGGCAACCAGAUUUCGGUGACCUCGAAGCCACUGAAGAAGCCGAGAAGGACCUGGAAACUGAGAUUGAGAUGGAGAGUCAACAACAGAGUGAGCACUACCAGCUGUUGCUACGGCUACAAGAGGUGGAGAACAACAUGGACGCAUACGCGCACACAGCUGAGGAACUCAGGGCCAUGCUGGAGGAGGAAGAAGAGGAGACGGCCCGUAUGCAGGUCAUGGAGAACCUGGAGUUCUGCAACUACACGCUGGAGACGCUGGCUUUGGAGCAGCAACAGUUACAAGAGGGAAUGCAAGAAAUGACACAACUAUCACCCCAGCCCGAACCAUUGAAGCCCGUGUCGCCUGCUGACGCUGCUACUACCGCCGACGCUGAAGACCCUGAUCUUAGGAUGCUGGAGAAGCGGUCCAAAGUAAUCGAAGAACUGCUGCAGACAGAGAAGGACUACAUCAAGGACCUGCAGAUGUGUGUGGUAGAGAUUGUUGAACCACUGCAGAAGAAACAGGUGAAGAACGUGGACUUUGACGGACUUUUCGGCAACAUCAGCUCUGUUAUUAAUCUGUCACAGCGGCUAUUUGAAUCACUGGAGGAAAACGACUCUAUUGGAAAGGUUUUUCUGGACUUUAAAGCGGAACUGGAAGCUGUGUACAACGUAUACUGCCAGAACCACAACGACGCCAUCUCGCUGCUAGAGGCGUACGAGAAAGACGAAAACAUCCAGCGCCAUGUGUUGGAGUGUCUGGAGAGGCUGAGGGCCAUAUAUCGAGAGUGGGGUAAAACAAACUACAUCAACCUGGGUUCCUUCCUCAUCAAGCCGGUGCAGCGGGUCAUGCGCUACCCGCUUUUGCUCAUGGAGUUGCUGGGAGCAACGCCUGAGAGCCACCAUGACCGACCCCAGCUCGUUUUGGCCCUACAGGCUGUCAAGGAGAUUAACGUGAACAUCAACGAGUACAAGCGCCGCAAGGAUCUUGUGGUGAAGUACAGGAAGGGUGAUGAGGACACAUUCAUCGACAAAAUCUCCAAACUAAGCAUGCAUUCCAUCAUAAAGAAAUCCAACCGUGUCAGCAGCCACAUCAAGCACCUGACGGGAAUUUCCCCCCAGAUUAAAGACGAGGCGUUUGACGAGGCUGAAAAGAGGUUCCGGCUGCAGGAGAGGCUCAUUAAGUCUUUCAUCCGGGAUAUUUCCUUGUACCUUCAGCAUAUUAGGGAAUCAGCUUCUGUGAAGGUGCUGGCUGCCAUCAGCUUUUGCGAUAUCUACACCGAGCGAAAUAUUCCAGACACAGAGCGAUUCCACAGGGCCCAUCGUUGCAUCAGCGACAAACAGUUCACCGAAUUUAAGGAGCGCACAGAAGCUUUGGUCAUCAACCCGCUUACACAGCUGCUGCUCAUGUUCGCCGGACCUCACAAGCUGGUUCAAAAGCGCUUCGAUAAGCUGCUAGACUAUGACAACUGCAAGGAGCGUGCGGAUCGCCUCAAGGACCGGCGGGUUCAGGAUGAGUUGCAGGUGGCGCGUAGCAACUAUGAGGCGCUUAACGCCCAACUUCUCGACGAGCUCCCCAAGUUUCAUAGCGCCGCCGAAGAGCUCUUCACUGGUUGCGUGACAGCCUUCGCUCAGGCGCAGAAAGAUUUCAUGAAGACGACCCUUGGAGAGCUGAAGCCUCUUGUGCAAUUUUCACGCAUUGCCGGCACUGAGGGUAACUUGGUGGCCCAGUUUCAAGAAGAGUAUGGCCGCGUUCUUCAGCUUCUGCAGAGCUUUAGCUUUUGCCCUGAAAACCUUCCCACAACGGUCGCCACAACCACCACUACAACUGUCGCCCCAAAUAAGAAAACCAUGGAGAAGCAGAGCUCGAAAAAGCAACUUCAAGCAUCCCCCAACUGCAUCUUGCAGACCGAUGAGCACCGAACCGCCUUAAUGACACGCUACGGUCCUGGAAAACUCUUCCAGGCUGAGAGGAACUUCAAUGCUGCCCAGGAUUUAGAUGUAUCCAUCCAGGAGGGGGACUUGGUGGGCAUCAUCAAGCAACAGGACCCAAUGGGGAGCAACAAUCGCUGGCUGAUUGAUAAUGGCGUCACUAAGGGUUUCGUGUACAGCUCCUUCCUCAAGCCCUACAACCCUCGCAGGAGUCACUCGGACGUGUCCAUCGAGAGCCAAUCUUCCAACGAGUCGGGUUACGGAGGCUCCUCGCCCGUUUUUUCACGCCAGAACAGCAACAGCACGCUGAUCUUUAACCAAGAGACGACGACUGUCAGUUUCUCCACAACGCAGCCCCAGUCUCUUGACUCCACGCCAUCUCAUGGGCCUCACCCUGACUCUGCCAGUCAAAGCGAUUCCUCACCAAGGAAUCGCUCCAUUCGCAAGGAGUUUACAGAGCGCCGACCCACCUCCGGUCACAGGAAUGCAGAGUAUUCCCAUCAACAGUCUAGCCGCCACAGAGACUCGUAUGACGCCAGUCACCCCAGCCCGAGCGACCAGUCCGAGACGGACUCUUACUCUUCGAACAGAAAUGGCUCGCAACAGAGACAUGUCGACAAAGCUUAUAAUUCUUACCAAAGGCGGAACAAUGACCACAAGAAGGCCGCCUACUCUCAAGACGACUUUAGUGAGCCCGAAUCUGAACAAGACGGCGAAAUGGAUGGAAAUCAGAUCUACUUUGCCCUGUACUCCUUCAGCGCUCGUUGCGCUAACGAACUGAGUAUUUCCGCCAAUCAGCGUCUGCGCAUUCUGGAGUUCCAGGACAUGAACGGCAACGCUGAAUGGUGGCUGGGCGAGGCCGGCGGCAGGCGAGGCUACGUGCCUUCAAACUACAUCCGGAAAUCAGAGUACACCUGA